CUGAGAUAGUACGGAACUGCUGGUUAAGGGGAUAUGCUUUAAAGCUUAAGUGGCAAGCAAUGGAUUCCACAUCGGAGAAAACGACUAAAGAGGUCGAUAUUUAUCGCGACACAUGGGUCCGCUUCUUAGGCUACGCUAAUGAAGUGGGAGAGGCCUUCCGAGCCCUGGUGCCAGUGAGCCUGGUGUGGGCCACCUAUGUUAUCUCUACCGCGUACGUCUCUGCCGACGCCUUGGACAAGGGCAAGAAAGCAGCCGCGGAGCACGGGGAUAACCCAGGCAGGACGCCGCGUGUGGCUGCUGCGGUGGUGGACACGUUUGUGUGGCAGGCCCUGGCCUCAGUGGCCAUCCCAGGCUUCACCAUUAACCGCGUGUGUGCCGCCUCGCUCUAUCUGCUGGGGAGGAGCACCCGCUGGCCCCUCCCGGUGCGCAAGUGGACCACCACCGCCAUUGGGCUGUCCACCAUCCCCUUCAUCAUCACCCCCAUCGACAGGUCAGUGGACUUCCUCCUGGACUCCAGUCUACGCAAGGUCUAUGGUGGGGGCUCCAAGCACGAGCCCUAGGGCUGUAACUGAUCUCACAUCAGUCUGGCAAACGCACACUGAACCAACCGGGACCUUCAGAACCACCAACCCCCUCUCACCGAACCACAAACGGCAAGGAAACACUGCUCGGAGCUGACCAUCCAAAAUGGUGGCUGU